AUAUACCUCAUUACGACCACACUUUGCUACUCGGGACCGCUUGAGCGCGCCAAUCGCUACGACACGUCGAACUUGAAGAAGCUGCAACUCGUAUCGUUCGACAGCUUGAUACUUCGCCGGACGACAGUGAGAGGACCAAUAGAGCAUCAAGGGCCUCCACAACCCUCCCGGCCUGCAAUUAUAACCACCCGUUCAACCACAUAAACGCGACAAUACCGUCAAUAUGAGUGGCCGUCGCGACUUCUUGUCGAUGCCUGCGCCCGAGAACUACGUAGCUGGUCUCGGGCGUGGUGCUACUGGGUUCACAACUCGAAGUGAUUUGGGCCCAGCUCGCGAGGGGCCUUCUGAGGAGCAGAUGAAGGAGAUGCUGGCAAAACGUGCGGCAUCUCUAGGGCAGGCAGCUCCUUCCGCGUAUGGCGUGACAGAGAAGAAAGAGGAGGAAGAGGACGAGGAGGAGAAGAGGUUCCAAGAUCCCGACAAUGAAGUCGGUUUAUUUUCAAGCGGCAUGAACUACGACAAGGAAGAUGACGAGGCAGAUCGGAUAUACCAGGAUGUAGAGGAGAAGAUGGACAGACGGCGACGAAUCAGAAGGGAAGCUCGCGAGCAACAAGAACGUGACGAAUACGAGAAGAACAACCCGAAGAUCCAACUACAAUUCGCCGACCUGAAGCGUGCGCUCGGUGCCGUGUCCGAAGAAGAGUGGGCCGCGUUGCCUGAAGUAGGAGACAUGACGGGAAAAGCGAAGCGCGCGAGAGAGGCUCGCAUGGCAAACUCGAGGUCGUACGCGGUGCCGGAUAGUGUACUGCAAGCUGCGAGCAAGUCGGGAGAGCUGGACACGUCAAUCUCCUCCAACGACGCCGAUUCUGGAACUAUGACAAAUUUCGCUUCCAUCGGAGCCGCACAACUGUCAGCCCUUACUGUCCGAUUAGACUCGGCGGCCUCAGCUGCUCCUGGCACACAGACGGCGACAACGUCCGGAACAGCGACAACGGUCGAUCCGAAAGGCUACAUUACUGCAUUGGAUAGGAAACAGGCAGCGGGUGAUGAAGUGCCUGUGGAGGAUAUCAACCGUGCGCGAGUGCUGCUUGAGUCGGCUGUCAAGACAAACGUCCACAACGGCCCUGGUUAUGUCGCUCUUGCACGUCUCGAAGAGGUAGCAGGCAAGAUUCACACCGCCAAGAAGGUCAUCCAGAAGGGCUGUGAGAUGUGUCCCAAGUCGAUAGUUGUGUGGGAGGAAGCUAUUCGUCUGAAUCGAGAGAACAUACACAACGCUAAGAUCAUCGCGGCGAACGGCAUCAAACUCAACCCAAAGGCUAUCAGACUAUGGCAAGCUGCUAUCGAAUUGGAACAGACGCCCGCAGCUCGGAAGAAGGUUACUCGGCAAGCCCUCGAUCACAACGCGCAGUCAGUGGAACUGUGGAAGACAUUGAUCAACGACACCGAGGAAAUUGAAAAUGUCAAGCUUCUGUUCGCCAAGGCUACCGAUACUAUACCUCUAUCGGAAGAGCUGUGGAUUUCUUACGCACGCGUAAGUGACGCUGAUGCAGCUCAGCAGGUGCUGAACAAAGCGCGUAAAGCAAUCCCUACGAGCUGGGCGAUCUGGAUACAUGCUUGUAGGUUGCAAGAAGAGCUAGGGAAGGUUGAAAUGUGCGACAGGAUCAUGGAACGAGCCGUGAAGGCAUUGAUCAAGGAGAACGCCAUGAUCAAGCGUGAGGAGUGGUUAGCUCAGGCUGAGAUCUGCGAAGAGGAGGGCGACAAAGGCACAGCAGCGUCAAUUAUCAAAGCCACCGUAGGCUGGACUCUCGACGAGGACGACGAUCGACGUGACAUAUGGCUGGAAGAUGCCAAGUCUAUUUCGAGUCGUGGCCGCUACGAGUCCGCUCGUGCUAUCCUUGGCCAUACUGUAUCGAUAUUUCCGUAUUCGACUACCGUUUGGCACGCGUCUGCUGAUCUAGAGAAACACCACGGCACCACCGAAUCCCUUCUUAGCGUCCUUGAACGCGCGGUAAAUGCCUGUCCCAAUUCAGAAUCUCUCUGGCUAUUGUACGCCCGAGAAAUGUGGCACUCGGGAGAUCCUGAAGGUGCUCGCAAGGUUCUUGGACGUUCCUUCGAACAGCUACCCGGUAAUGAGAACCUCUACACCCGUGCAGUCGACUUCGAGGUCGAUGCCGGUAACUACGAGCAGGCGCGUAGUUUCCUGCAGGUCGCUCGAGAGUCUGCUGCCACUGACAGGAUCUUCAUGAAAUCCGCCGUCCUCGAGCGACAACUGGAGAACUACGAAGCAGCAAUCGACAUCUGUAACCAGGGCCUGCAAAACUGGCCCGGCAGCUGGAAACUACACGCCGUCAAAGGGCAGAUAUACGAGCAGCUAUCCAAGCUCAAGGAAGCCCAAGAAGCACUGAGCGUCGGCACCCGCGCCGCCCCCAAAUCGCCAAUCCUCUACAUCCUGCUAUCGCGCAUGCAAGAAAAGUCCGGCGCCGUCGUCAAAGCGCGCUCCACGCUCGACCGUGGGCGCCAACAGAACCCAAAGAACCCCGACCUCCUCUGCGAAGCGGUGCGUCUCGAGCGCCGCCAAAACAACGUGCCCGCCGCGCAGAAAAUCAUGGCCGCCGCACUCCAAGAAUGCCCCACGUCGGGCCUGCUCUGGACAGAGAAGAUCAUGCACCUCGAGGCCCGCACGCAGCGCAAGCCCCGCGCCCUCGAAGCCAUCAAGAAAGUCGAAAAAGACCCGCAGCUCUUCGUCGUCGUGGCGCGCAUCUUCUGGGCUGAGCGCCGGCUUGAUAAGGCCGCUACGUGGUUUACCAAGGCUAUUGUGCUCGACUCGGAUUAUGGCGAUGGGUGGGUUUGGUACUAUAAGUUCCUCGAGCAGCAUGGUACUGAGGAGAAGAAGCAGGAGGUGCUUUCUAAGGCGGCGAUGGCGGAGCCGAAGCAUGGUGAGGUUUGGCAGGCGGUUGCUAAGGAUCCGAAGAAUGCGACAAAGGGCGUGGAAGAGAUUCUUAAGCUUGCGGCGGCGAAGGCGGAGUAG